AGGUCAACGGCUCGUCUGUAGCAUCUGACGCUAAUGAGCGCUAGCCAUGUCCAGGUCUCCACACAGCGCAGGAACGGAGCUAAAGCGGGUCAAAUGGAGAGACGUGGCGCCUCCAGAACCAGCAAAGUGUUGGCUGAGCGGAACCAGGCGGUGGUGUCGGUAGGAGCCUGGGUGGAGGACGGACAGGACUUCUUGGAGCACCCGGCUGCUCUUGCUUCGCUAACCGAGGAGCUGCAGGCUGACAAAAGAAGAGCGGCUGAAGAGAGUCUCAGACGAUUUCAAGACGGAGUACGACGCCGUCUGGCACAGCGAUCUUACAUCAGCAAGGCCAGACACCAGACGGCGACACCUGACAGGAGAAUCCCACAUUAUCAGGUCCGGACCCACCAGGUGUCGGUUGGUGAGGAUCAGAUUUCUGCAGAAGGUGCUGCACAACGGAGCAGGAGCUCUCCAGAGUCGAGAGAAGCGAUGAGGCAGGUCAGACUCAGACUGGCUGCCUGUCGGCUGAUCCAGCAGGACGCAGCGGCGUCAGAUCUUCCUGGAGGCAGCUGGAACGUCUCUCCAACCAGACACAGAAAUAAUUUUCACAUGCUGAGGUCAGGAGAGGAUGUUCUGGAAGAGGAAGAGCAGGAAACAACGGAUGCGCCUUUCUUCUUUAGUCACCACGAGUGCCCGCUCGUUCAGCAGAAGGUGGGAGUUCAUGAGCUGUGGGAUCCAGAGAAAUCCCACUCUGAUCCUGGUUCUACAUCUGACUUCAAAGUCUCUCAGGUUCUCUGGCCUCUGCCGGACCAGGAAAAAGUGAAACAACAGCGUCAGUCUCAGUUCCUGCAGCAGCGCCGUCAGGCCAUGAGCACCGAGCGAGAGCAGGUGAAGGAGAACCAACGACUCAGGAAACACCUGAAGAGGACGGCAAGGAUUAAAGCGGAGAAAGAAAAGGUUCGUCUGGAGGAAGAGGUGAGGCUGGAGCAAGCUCAGCAGCUCGCAAACAUCAAACGGAAGCUGGAGGAACGAGAGCUGCUGAUUCUGGAGCGACUGAAGCUUGAGGAAGAGGAGAGAGAGAGAAGUGCGCAGCUGCAGAGGAGGAGAAGAGAGGAGAAAGAGAAAGACACUGCAAGGUUCGUUGAGGCUCUGAGAGCUCGGAUGAAGGAGCGGCUGUCUCAGGUGAAGCUGGAGCCUCCUCCACUCUGCUGCUGCGCCUCCUCUUUCUGGGACUCCCACCCCGACACUUGCGCCAACAACUGUGUCUUCCACAACAAUCCCAAAGAGUAUUCAAAGGCCUUACAUUCAACAAUGGUGAGUUUGGAUUUACUGUAAAGGGAGCUGAUGUGCUGCAGCCCACACUGUCCAGUAGAGCUGUUUGUUUCUCUUCAAAAACACGUUUUAAAAUAUUUUGAAAUUGUCAUGUUCAGAAUCAAAUGUUAAGACUGAUAUUAGUGUUUUUUCUAUGCAAGCCUGCAGUCGGUUCUUGUUUAGGCCUCUCACUGGCCAUGACAUUUUCCUAUACACGUUGCAUCGUUUAUUGUUUCUCAU